AUGUUGUCCAACACCAGUUCUGACUUCGAAUUGAUCAUUCGCCAGCAGCCCGACCGGGCGCGCGUGGCUGGUGGGAAGGAGAAAGGUGCGUCGCAUGCUCGCGGGAGCGCGGUCCGUCGAACGUCAAGAAAUGGCCGGGUGCUGACAUUUGCCGGGAUUAUCACAGAACGCAAGCCGGUCGAUCCACCUCCGAUCGUGCAACUCCGGGUACGAGAGGAAGGGAGCUAUCUUGCUCACUUAUACGAUGGCAAUGAAGAUCAACCGGUUCCCGUGCCGCCGAGUACGGCUUUGGCAGGCACUUUGGUCUCCUCCCUUCACCGUUUGAAGGAUGUGGAUAACAACGAUGGUGGAUUUUUCGUGUUUGGGGACCUGUCUGUCAAAAUGGAAGGACAAUUUCGGCUGAAGUUCACGCUCUUUGAGAUGCGAAAGGACGUCGUGACCUACUUGAAAUCCAUUAUCUCAGAUCGCUUCACUGUCUCUCCAUCGAAGACUUUCCCGGGGAUGCAAGAAUCAACUUUCCUAUCACGAUCGUUCGCAGACCAGGGUGUCAAACUAAGAAUCCGGAAGGAGCCUCGUACUUUGUCUCUGAAACGGCCACCGCGGCCAGAUGAAUAUGCCCAGCCGCUUCCACGUUCCCCGGAUCGCUCGUCGAUGCAGAUGCCCGGAAAUGCUUUCAGUGGUUAUCCGGCAGCGAGUAGAGAUUACACAUACUACGGAACACCGGUCAAGCGUCAGCGCACGUCAGUGGAUUAUGGGAAUCGAGGCAUGUAUGAUGCGGAAGGCCGAAUACGCCAGGUAGACGCAUAUCCGCAGACCGCGACUAUGUAUUCAAACCAGCCGGGAACCUACCAGAACCCCAUGAUGCAAGGAUAUCCCACGGGACAUGCAGGAGUACCUGAUUAUGCGAUUUCGUACGGUAUCCCGUCCUCGGCUCAGGUUACUCAGAUGCAGGAUCCAGCAGCUCAAUCUCGGUCCAGCCAGCAGGCCACAAUGCAGUCUCUGGGAAUGAUGAACCAGCCAGGAACUCCUACCGCGGAUUCCACAGGCGCCAUGAUGUCACAAGGCUACCCUCAAUCACGAUCGCAGCAAUAUCAAACUAGCUCCACGAUCCUACCACCUCUGCAACGGAAUCGCAACUAUCCCCAAGGGACCAACGGCGCAGCGACGCGAGGCUAUUUUGACCAAGCGUCACAAGGUGCAACUCCUAUUCUUCCAUCCCAGCCAAUGGGAUCGAACGAAGGGGAUCGAUACGGUACGGCACCUGGCCAGGGCACCUUUGACCACCCUGGUUCCCAUAAUGGGACACCCCGAUAA